AAAAAAAAAAAAAAAAAAAAAAAGAAAAAAAAAGUUAAAAAUCAUAAAAAUAAAAAAAUUUACAAGAAUUAUGACUACACCUUGUUUAACUCGUCAAAAUGCAUUUUUAGUAGAAGAUUAUGAAGUGAAUUCACCUCUUGAUUGGUUUUGCAGCAUCUGCUGUCAAGUUAGUGAGAGUGAACUGGUGCAGCCGUGCAACUGUGUUGUAAAAAGCAAACCAUACCUGGCCCAUGAAAAGUGCUUUCUUGAUUGGUCAGAUAAGAAUGGUCGACCACGCUAUUGCACCCGCUGCAAAGGGAGAUAUUCACCUACCAGAGGCUAUAGUCGGCUAGAAAAGUUUGUUUUUGUUGCUGUUACCUCUGUUAGCUGUUUCACCUUGUAUUUAAUUGUGCAUGUUGUCAAGUGUUCUACCAUAAAGACCUUCCAAAAAGUAGAUAUUGAGCUGCGGUAUGGUACUGAAACAUUCAGCCAUGUCCCCGACAGACUGACUAUGCCCACUAUCAGUGCCCAAUGCUGGAAAUCCUCAUUUGUCAUUCACUCCUUCUUCAUUUCAUUCUCUUACUUUGUAACCCUCUUUUCUUUUUCUUUCUUAGUCGCACUAGUGGCUACACGAUAUAUUUUCCACUCACAAAUGACAAAUAAAUAAAUCACCUCUUAUUUUUACCCGAUACCACACUAAAGCUUAACACUUUGCCACUAUAACAUUAUCUACAUUUACUUUGACACUAGUUUCACUAGCAGGUGUAUGCAUCUGACAACAAUUGACUAACAUCUGGCUUCAUUGGUGCUGCGUGUAACCGCGGGUCUUAUAUUUAUUUUAUUACAGAGCGCCAAUUCAAUCAUAUUCGUCCAACCCCCCCGCCCCUAUAUAAUCUCG